AUGUCUAUACAGUCAGCUCGAGAUAUGCCCUCCAGCAGCAGCCAAAACCCUAGGAUGCGCCCGCAACUGACUAUAAGAGUCCCCCCGCCGCCGCAUCUCCAGAACCCUAUGCCUCCGAUUCCGCCACAGACUAUCCGAGUGGUCCCCCAUACGAAGGCUAAUAACAAGGAGCCCCGCUGCAAGGAUACUAAGAAUAACAACGCUCCUCUUAAAAACCCCAGGGGCAUCAUUGAUAUCAACAACCUUACUAGCAAUGAACGUAUCAAGGCUGCGCUUGAGCCCUUACUCGCGCGGUGGAGCACGAACCUUAGCUUCCGCGAAAUCACGGCCAUUGCGCGCCUCCCUGCAGAGGAGGCGGAGGCCAUGUUUGUCGUGCAGCUUAUCGACUCGCUUGAGGCAGAGAAGCGGAGACGGCGGGCUGCGGAGAGUUGUGUCAAGCUGCUGGAAGAGACGCAUACUGAACUCCUCAGGAAGAAGAAGGAGGUGCAUGAGGAGACGCAGGGGCUACUAAGAAAGAGGUCGAUGGAGAUUAGGGAGGAGGAGGAGUGGGUGUGCAUGAGGGAGAGGGAGCUGGGAGGCGAGAACGCGGCGUUGAAGGAGCGAGUUAGGCAUUUGGAGAUUGACUUGUGGAAUGCGAGGAAGAGGGAUGGGUCGAUGAUUUAG